AUGCGGGAAUACCGCAACCGAACCCGCAACGCAGACGAAGAGGUCAAAAAGCUCACCCGAAACCACGCCACCCAAACUGAGCGCAUCCGUGGUCUAAAAACGCGGCUUGAUGAAGCGGGUAUCAGCACCGACAACCUCGGCCGAAGUUCGCGAGAUCUGCGAACAAAAGAGGAUCGACUAAACACCACGCUUCAAGAGCAAAAACGCCUCCUUUCCGAAGUCGCCGAACGGCAACGCCGCCUAACGCAAGCCCGCGAUCGCUACCAAAAUGGCAUGACCAAUGUUGCCCGCGCCCAAGGCGUGGGUAUGGGCAUGUUCGGCACUGGUAUAGCGCAAGGUUACGCCGCUAGCCGUUUGCUUACCCCCGGCGUGGCCUGGGGCGAACAGAUGAGCACCCUACAAGCGGUAGGCCGCUUUAGUGCUGACGAUGAGCGCUACCAGGCGUUGCGUGAACAAUCACGCGAGCUGGGCGGCUCCACCGCGUUCAGUGCCACCGAAGUCGGCGGCGGCCAAGAGUUCUUGCUGCGAGCAGGGAUGAGCGCGGAAGCCAUUCAGGCCUCGAUGCGCGAUGUGCUCGAUCUCGCCCUGGCCAACAACACCGAGCUAGCCCGCGCGGCGGAUAUCGCCUCCAACAUCGCGGGCACCUUCAAAAUCGAUAUGGAAGCCGACGGCGCGAUGGCCCGCGUCGCGGAUAUCCUCUCCGGUACUGCCAGCCGCGCUAACGUCAAUCUGGAAAUGCUCGGCGAAACCAUGAAGUACCUGGGCGGCUCCGAAGACCUCGACCUCACCAUGGAACAAGCCGCCGCCAUGGCGGGCUUGAUGGGCAAUAUCGGCAUUCAAGGCAGCAUGGCCGGUACCGCCAUGCGCGCCAUGGCCAACCGACUGACCGAUCCCGCCAAGGCAGGCCGCGAUGCCAUGGAGCAACUGGGCCUGCAGGUAUCAGAUGCCAACGGCAAUAUGCGCGAUAUGCCCGACAUCCUCCGCGACAUCAACAACGCCACGCGGGAUCUCGGCAACGUCGAACGCCGAGCAUUGCUCUCCAAGAUCUUUGGCGCCGAAGCCGGUUCCGGCAUGACCGAGCUGGUCAAUGGGAUGGCCGACGGUGACUUGGAUGAGCUAAUAAACGCCCUACAAACCAACGCCGGUGAAAACGCCGAGAUGGCCCGCGUCUGUCUCUUAUACNGUUCGCCAAGCAUGAUCAACGGAAUCGCCAGCAUGGCCGGUGCACUACGCGACCAGGUCAUGGGCAUGGCGGCCAAUAUCGCCGGAUGGGUGCAAGAAGCGAUGGCCAGCGCCUGGGAUUCCAUCAGCGAUGGUGCCAGCCGCGCCAUGCAGUGGGGCCGGGACACAGCGGCCGGAAUGGGGCAAGGCAUCCGCGACGGUGCCAGCCGCGCAACCGAAAGCGCCGCCAACCUCGCCAACGAUGUCACCAGCACCGUGCGCGGUUGGUUGGAUAUCCACUCCCCCAGCCGCGUGUUUGCCACCAUUGGCGGCUACAUUUCCCAAGGCUUGGCCAACGGCAUUGAAAACGACGCCGACAGCCCCGUUAAGCAAGUAGAGCACCCCACGCUACCAGAGCUAAGCGCACCAGAGAUUCAGCGCCCAGAACUGCCACAAAUGCCCCGCUUGAUGAGCGAGGUGGCAACACCCGAAACGCCCACGUUGGAUGCACUACGCAUCGAACGGCCGGAGCUGCCCCCACUCCCCAGCCUGAGCGCGUUACAGAUCCACGCUCCCGACCUGCCGCGCCUGUAUAGCGAGGUGGCCACGCCAGAGACACCCACACUUGAUGCGCUGCGCAUCGAGCGGCCAACGUUUCCCUCAUUACCCAGCCUGGGCGCGUUAGAGAUCCAGCAGCCUGCGUUGCCGGAAAUACCUACGCUCUAUAGCGAGGUGACCACGCCAGAGAUCCCCACGCUGGAUGCAAUGCGCAUCGAGCAGCCAACGAUGCCCGAGCUGGGCGCGUUACAGAUCCAGCAGCUCCCGUUGCCAGAAAUGCCCCGCCUGAUAAGCGAGGUGGCCACACCAGAAACGCCCACGUUGGAUGCACUACGCAUCGAACGGCCGCAGUUGCCCGCAUUACCCGAGCUGGGUGCGUUAGAGAUCCAGCAGCCCGCGUUGCCAGAAAUACCUACGCUCUAUAGCGAGGUGGCCACGCCAAAAAUCCCCACGCUGGAUGCAAUGCGCAUCGAGCAGCCAACGCUGCCCGCUUUAACCAGCCUGGGCGCGUUGCAGAUCCAACCGCCCACGUUGCCAGCACUGCCCACGCUCUAUAGCGAGGUGGCUACGACAGAAAUAUCCACGCUGGAUGCACUGCGCAUCGAGCAGCCAAAACUGCCCGCUUUACCCAGCCUGGGCGCGUUAGAGAUCCAGCAGCCCGCGUUGCCAGAAAUACCUACGCUCUAUAGCGAGGUGACCACGCCAGAGACACCCACGCUGGAUGCACUGCACAUCGAACGGCCAGAGCUGCCCGCGUUGCCCGAGCUGAGCGCGUUAGAGAUUAGCGUGCCGGAAAUGCCCCGCUUGAUAAGCGAGGUGGCCACGCCAGAAACGCCCACGCUGGAUGCAUUACGCAUCGAACGGCCAGAGCUGCCCGCGUUGCCCGAGCUAGGCGCGCUAGAGAUCCACGUGCCGGAAAUGCCCCGCUUGAUAAGCGAGGUGGCCACGCCAGAAACUCCCACGCUGGAUGCGCUGCACAUCGAACGACCGGAGCUGCCCGCUUUACCCAGCCUCGGCUCGCUAGAGAUCCACGUGCCGGAAAUGCCCCGCUUGAUGAGCGAGGUAGCCACAUCAGAAAUACCCACGCUGGAUGCAAUGCGUAUCAAGCAGCCAACGCUGCCCGCUUUACCCAGUCUGGGCGCGUUACAGAUCCAGCGCCCCGAACUGCCCAGCUUGGACACCCUGGCUUUCGAGUGGCCAGAACUCCCCCAGUUCGACCCGCUACGCAUCGACACCAGCGGCGUACAGAUUGACGCCCGCCCACCGCUGCAAAGCCACACCAGCCAGCCCAGUGGAGAUCAACGCAUGUUGUUUCCCAUUGCAAUUGAACGCGGCGACGAACAACACGCCUACGGCGUGGCGGUGCCUGAUUUGCCCGGCUGCCAUUCAGCAGGCGAUACCUUUGAAGAGGCGAUGACCAACGCGAAGGAAGCCAUUGAAGGCUGGCUAGAAGUCGCUGUGGACUACGGCGAUCCCAUUCCCGAAGCCACCUCCAUCGAACACCACAUGGAUAACCCCGAUUUUGAAGGCUGGAUCUGGGCCGUGAUCGAUAUCGACCUAACCCCCUACCUGGGCAAAAGCCACAAAAUCAACGUCACGUUGCCAGAUCUACUGGUGAAACAGAUUGACGACUUUGUCGCCAGCCACCCAGGGGAUAAAACACGAAGCGGCUUCCUCUCUCGGGUUGCCAUGGCAGAACUGGCCAAAGCACGUAAAAGCGCAUAA